AUGGAUCACCUGUUGAUGCUGUUGCUGUUGCUGUGGAGCUCAGACUCCAGACCUGUCAGGCUGGUGGAUGGGACUAGUCUGUGCUCAGGUAGACUGGAGGUGAAGUCCAACCAGUGGUGGUCCUCAGUGUGUGAAGAUGACUUUGACCAGCAGGAUGCAGAGGUGGUCUGUAGGGAGCUUGGCUGUGGGGCUCCUUCAGUCCUCCAGGGGGCGCUCUAUGGAGAAGUGGAGGCUCCAAUGUGGACCAAAGAGUUCCAGUGUGGAGGCCAUGAGUCUGCUCUCCUGGACUGUAGAAGCUCAGGCUCAGAUAGAAACACCUGCUCACCUGGCAAAGCUGUUGGACUCACCUGCUCAGAACCUGUCAGGUUGGUGGGAGGAGCCAGUCGCUGUGCAGGAACACUGGAGCUGAAACAUCAACGAGACUGGAGACCAGUAGAUGGCUCUGGAGUGACCCUGAAGACAGCAUCUGUUGUCUGUAGAGAUCUGGACUGUGGCUCUGCUGUUUCUGUAGGACGGAGAGAGUCCUUAGAGAGAUCUGUGUGGAGGAUCUACUCUAACUGUGUUUAUUCUGGAUCUACUCUGAUGGAGUGUUCAACAUCACAUUCCUCUUCCUCCAUCGUGUAUCUCACCUGCUCAGACUCCAGACCUGUCAGGCUGGUGGAUGGGACUAGUCUGUGCUCAGGUAGACUGGAGGUGAAGUCCAACCACUCUCACCAGUCCAACCAGUGGUGGUCCUCAGUGUGUGAAGAUAACUUUGACCAGCAGGAUGCAGAGGUGGUCUGUAGGGAGCUUGGCUGUGGGGCUCCUUCAGUCCUCCAGGGGGCGCUCUAUGGAGAAGUGGAGGCUCCAAUGUGGACCAAAGAGUUCCAGUGUGGAGGCCAUGAGUCUGCUCUCCUGGACUGUAGAAGCUCAGGCUCAGAUAGAAACACCUGCUCACCUGGCAAAGCUGUUGGACUCACCUGCUCAGAACCUGUCAGGUUGGUGGGAGGAGCCAGUCGCUGUGCAGGAACACUGGAGCUGAAACAUCAAGGAGACUGGAGACCAGUAUAUGGCUCUAACUGGAACCUGAAGAAAGCAUCUGUUGCCUGUAGAGAUCUGGACUGUGGCUCUGCUGUUUCUGUAGGAGAGAGAGAGGAGUCCUCAGAGAGAUCUGUGUGGGGGAUCAACUCUUACUGUGUUUAUUCUGGAUCUACUCUGAGGGAGUGUUCAACAUCAUAUUCCUCUUCCUCCAUCGUGUAUCUCACCUGCUCAGACUCCAGACCUGUCAGGCUGGUGGAUGGGACUAGUCUGUGCUCAGGUAGACUGGAGGUGAAGUCCAACCAGAGGUGGUCCUCAGUGUGUGAAGAUGACUUUGACCAGCAGGAUGCAGAGGUGGUCUGUAGGGAGCUUGGCUGUGGGGCUCCUUCAGUCCUCCAGGGGGCGCUCUAUGGAGAAGUGGAGGCUCCAAUGUGGACCAAAGAGUUCCAGUGUGGAGGCCAUGAGUCUGCUCUCCUGGACUGUAGAAGCUCAGGCUCAGAUAGAAACACCUGCUCACCUGGCAAAGCUGUUGGACUCACCUGCUCAGAACCUGUCAGGUUGGUGGGAGGAGCCAGUCGCUGUGCAGGAACACUGGAGCUGAAACAUCAAGGAGACUGGAGACCAGUAGAAUAUAUAUAUGGCUCUGACUGGACCCUGAAGGCAGCAUCUGUUGCCUGUAGAGAGCUGGACUGUGGCUCUGCUGUUUCUGUAGGAGAGAGAGAGGAGUCCUCAAGGAGAGAUCUGUGGAGGAUCAACUCUGACUGUGUUCAUUCUGGAUCUACUCUGAUGGAGUGUUCAACAUCAUAUUCUUCUUCCUCCAUCCUGGAUCUCACCUGCUCAGGUAAGCCCAUCAUGAACUGAACACAGGACUGUGCUGUCAUGUCUCUGCAGGCCAGAAGGGGGAGGAAGCCGGGCAGACGGGAGAACAUUGAGCUGGAUGAGUUUAACCUGGGUGUUCCUGCAGCUGAAGAAGAAGGAGCUCAGGGAGCAGAGUAGCUCCUCCAAGGAGCUCAUCUCACAUCCAGAUGGAUUUCUAACACACAGCCACCAUCAGCUCACUUUAUACCAUGUUCCCUUUAAACAAGAAGAAUAUCAUAUUACAUUAUUAGAGCCUGUCUUUGUUACUCUCUUCUGACUUCCUGGCUCUCAGCUCAAAGCCCAUUGGUUCCUGCUGAAGACGUGAGUCUUUAGAAACACCUCCCUGAUAUAAAGGUUCAUUUAGAACUAGACUUGAGAGCAGGUUUACCAGAGUCCAAGCAGCCGGCGUCUUAGAAAGCAAAGACUACCAGGAACAAUGUUAAUGUUAUAUAUUAAGUAGAAACAACGUUUAACAUUGACAUACAUCUUCUACAUUCUGUGUCACAAUUCUCAAUGUUCAAAUCACAUUUAGUGACAUUUGAACAGUUGAAUCCUGAGAUCAAAGGAAACCUUGUUUCAG